AUGAAGUACUUUACCGUAUUCGCCGCUCUGGCAGCAUCAGUUAUGGCUCUUCCAGCACCACCUUCGCAUGGCAGCACUGAAUGGACACCGGCAAUGGCUGGCUACUUCGACGUUGUCUACAAACACAUUCAAGAAGCUCGACAAAAUGGUGGUCGACCGCCUACUUGCGACCUGUCUAAAGCCGCCCUACCAGUGGCACCGACACCCCUCCCGAUACUAGACAGCUAUGUCCUUGAACAUGUUGCCAUCGGCCGAGGCACACAGAACUACACAUGCGCAAACGCAACCGCAACACCCACGGCCGCUGGAGCCGUAGCACGAUUCUACAACGCCUCAUGCCUCGCUGCCGACUUCCCGGAUCUCCUUGGUCUGGCAACCAACAUCGCCUAUGAACGACCACUACCCGAAGAUCCCCUAGCACCACUCGGACCCACCAACAUGGAACUAUCAACCCAUCAUUUCUUCUCCAACGGCACAACACCAGUCUUCGCAUUCGACGCACCCGACUCGCCAAAGCUCGGCCGUGUCUUCGCUCAAAAAGCCAAUGAUUCUAUCGCGCCUGCCACUGCCGUCAAGAACGAGAACGGCGUCAUUCCUUGGCUGUACUUGACCUCGCGGUCGACCACCGAGGGUGACAUCAAGGCUGUCUAUCGUGUCGACACUGCCGGUGGAUCUCCCCCGGCGACCUGCAAAGAUCAGCCCGCAUCCUUCAACGUCGACUAUGCUGCCGUUUACUGGUUCUACAAGUAA